CUCUUUUUCUUUCUUUUUUUAUGCAAAAAACCACAAUGACUACGCCACGCGCUUACAAUGACAUUCCCAAUGAACUGUAUUACUUGCGCCCCAAUCUAUCCCCUUCCUCUCUCACGCGCUACCAACUAAAGGCCAUUCUUCAGUCACAUCACGUUCCUAUACCUUCUUCACCUAGCAAACCCACGCUUCUCAGUUUAUAUAUGGACCAUAUUGAAGCAAACAGAGACGCCAUUCUCGCCAAGUACAAAGAAACCCAUUCACAACCGGUUGGCGAUGAAAGUAUGUCGUCAUUGCCGUCUUCCGCUGGAUACAAUUUUCGGCGAAAACCCAAAAAGGAAACCCUCCAAGUUACGAACAAGGUGGUCAAUAAGAAAGCACCUGACCACAAGAAACGAGAAAAUAAACCACGAAAAGCAAAAAACCCGUCGUCUUCAUUGGAGCGCAUCACUGAUUAUUUGUUUCCUGGGUCUCGAAAAGGACAAGACAAGGUCAUAGCCUCAUGGCCCGUCACACCGAGCCCUAUUCCCACCGAAAGCUCCGGCGAGUCUGAGGAUCCAAUGGCAACGGAAGAAAUCUCUGAAGACUUGUCCCAUGAAGCGUUCGAUCAAGAUCCUGAAUCAUACGAACCAUUUGAUGCAGCGUUCAAUCAUGAUUCUGAACCAUACGAACCUUUGGAUUCAGCGUUCGAUCAAGACCAUGAAUCAUACGAACCAUUUGACGCAGCAUUUUAUCAAGAUCCUGAAUCAUACGAACCUUUGGAUGAAUCGUUCGAUCAAGCCUAUGUACCCUUCGAGAUCUCCCACGAUGAAUUCGACCAAGAUUCGGAAUCCUCUGCAACGCCUAUUGAUGAUAAUAUGUCACCAGAAGAACCGAUCUUCACGGACGAAUCGGGCGAAUCGGACUCUCAGGAAGCGGUCAUGAUGACAUCCCCAGAAGACGAUAUCGACGAUUAUGCCUUUAAUGAUGACCUGUCGACAGACAGCUAUGAAGAUGAUGAUCCGUUCCGAGAUUCUCCUGAUGACAGCAUUCACCAACCAUCCGAUGCAUCUCCUCCUUCUUCCACUCAUACUUUGUGGAACCGUAUCCUGGAGAAAAAUCCGCUCAAUUUCAGACGCCCUAUCAACCAACUUGACCGUCUUUGGCAAAAUGGCCCACAGGACGACCGGCAAAAUGUAACAUUGAAUGACACCGCAGAUUAUCUGGAGCAUGCAUCCGACGAUGACGAGUCCUAUACCGGUGACGACGACGACGACUUGGAUGAUGAAGAAGAGUACGCCGCAGAACCCAUUCCUGCUGAUGAAGUGGCUCAACUCAUUCUCGACAAAGAUCGUGAUGAUGCCGAAACUCAAUCCGCCAAACAGCCAAUCGCUCGUGAAAUCAUCCAAGCACCUACCUGGAAAUCGCUUCAAAUGCACCGUGUUCGAGACUACUUCUCAAAAGCUCAUCGCUACUUAAAGUCAUUGCUGAUGUUUAUCACGGUCGCCUUGACGAUAUUUAUCUCUUUUCAAAUCAUGUUACGAAAAUUUAAUGGAUACUGCAACUCGCCAUCCUUUGAUAAAGGUGCCUACGAAACACGGAAGCCUACUUUACUGUGGCCUUGUAUUCCAUGCCCACCAAAUGCUCGCUGCAAGUUUGGAGAGAUGACGUGUGGGUCUAUUUUCGAGAGACGCCAUUGCUGGUACAACCGGUUGGGAUGGCUACCAGUAGCCGAUCAAUGCGUGAUUACUGGCAACGCCAAGGAUUACAUCUCCAAUACCCAACGUACCAUAAAGGAUAUCCUCAUCUAUCAUCAAACAAAAUCACUCUACAAGCAAUUGCUCGAUCACCGCGACAUACCACGAGCCGCUUUAGUCCAUGCACAAAAAAUUGAAAAGAAACUGGUCAUGGAUCAAGUCCGCCGCAAAUGCAAGAUACCAGAUACGAUAGAAAAAGACGUGCUCAAUACAUCUUUAUCUCUUCUGUUGAACGAACCCACUUACCAUUACUGGGAAAUCGACGGACGAACGUACCUUGGAACGGAUAAUACACGGUUCACCUGGGCAGCACGGUUCCGAAUGUUUAUUGCGCGAUCUUCCGUGCGCACAGUGUUGUUGGCGGUGUUAAUGUCUAUUAUGACGCCUGUCAGUAUUUUUUACCUGUUGCGCACUAUUCGUGAAAAGAAACACCAAGCAAAGCUGAAUUCUCAAGUUGAACAAAUCUACGAUAUUCUGACCGCACAGUAUCGAAAACAUUCGGAAAACCCUACGUUAUACCCUGAACCUGGAUGUGGAUUAUGGGAUUUACGUGAUCAAGUGCUAGGCACCCAUGAUCGGACAAGCAUCAUGCGAGAUUGGGAACGCAUUUCCAAAGCCGUACGAAAACAUCCACUGAUCAAACAGCAAUUUCGUGAAGUCAAAGGACAGCCGCAGGAAUUCUGGGAAAUCGCGACAUAAUCUAUCGUCUGCCAGCCUCUUUGUUUUCUUUCUCUCUUUGCUCAGGAACAACCAUUGUAAAUAGUAUCGGAUCCACUUGAUCGCUACUUUAGGAUACAUUUAGAAAUCUAAUAAUCAUAUAACCAUCACGUCAACGCAGAAAGUGAUUGCAAAUAAAAAAGACACUGGAAGCUGACCCAUGUCAUCCUUGCAACAAACAUUCCUAAC